CAGCACCCCUCUUCCCUCUCCCCUCUCCCCUCCCCCUCCUCUCUUCCCCCUCACCCUUCCCUGUUUUGGCUUUGCCUUUUUGGUUUGUUGAUCCAACUUCGGUUUGCGGGAAAGAAUUCCUCACUUAUACCACACACCACCACCCAAGCACAUCCCCCCCUCUCCCCCUCACACCUCCCCCUCUUAUUCUACAAACCUCAUCAUCAUUCCAUCCACUUUUCACUGUGACCCAAUCCUACGCACCCUCCCACCUCACCCACCUUCAAAUUCCCUACCAUCAACACGCAAGUGCUUGUGCUACACUGCACACUGCUCCUAUAUAAUUCCCAUUUACCUUCAAUUUGUGACCCUUUUCAAAAUCCCAAAUACUUGCAAUCCGAGGCUCUGUGAAUGCGAUCCCAAACAAUAAAUUCAAUAAAACCAUCGUUUUUCCUGCCUGGACCUACUUCAACAAUUUUCCUACUCUGAUAGUACUACUCUCAAUCAAAUUACUUUAGAAAUAUGUAACUGGUCUUAGGCGGCCAUCGCUUUAUUCAUCCACGUAAUAAAGAGGUCCAUUAAUAUAACACCAUCGUGUCAAAGGAGUUCAUAUCAGUGACACAUAAUGACUUCACCGUGCAUUAACUUUCUAAUCAAAUUAUAAAAGAGUGUAUUAUUAAAUAUUCCAUUUUGCUUUUACGAAGAUACUAAACAGAUUUUUGUUAAGUUCGUAUAAAUUUUUUAAAGGAUUUUAUGUAGAUAUAUAUAUUUUUUUGGGGCGGGGGGGAAGAAAAAAGUGAUUUUUAUUUAAAGCAUUAAAAUAUUUUAAAAUUGAGGUUAGCCUCAGGUGUAAUAACAAGGUUGCAUCAAAGGGUGAAGCUAAAUGCUAAAUCUAAAUAAGCGAGGGAAGGAAAGGAAAAUCAUGGGCGGCAAACAAUUUCUUUAUGUGGAAAGUGGCUCAAUGAUAAGAGCGGAAUGAUCCGCAUACCAAACUGGCAGCCGCUGGCCCCUACGCACCCCUGGCGCAAACUAGCAUCGCCCCUCACCCCCCGACUGCUGAAAGACGCCACUACACGUGUUGACGUGAUACGCACCCACGUCAGCGCCCUGUUCUUUCUCCCUAUCAUCUAGCUUUUUCGCUACCACACUCCUUCUCUCUCUCUUUCCCUCUUUCAUUUUAGGGUUUCUGUCGUCUUCUUCUCUCUCUCAUCUGCAUCUGAGUCGCAGACCAACCAUGGGGUCCAUCCCCGAUCCCGGUGAUAUUUCCGGCGAGUUGAAUCAGCCCAGCUUCGACGACUUCCAGAAGCAGACGUCUCUCAUGACUAGUUGUACUCUUCUCUGGAAAGAACUCUCCGAUCACUUCACUUCCUUGGAGCAAAAUCUCCAAAAGAAAUCUGAAGCUCUCAAGAACAAGUUCCAAACCCUGGAUCACCACACCAAGGAGUCCCUAGGCGUGCUCAAGAAGCGUGAGGUCACGAUCGACGGCUCCGUGGAGAUCGCACUUGGAAAAGUCGAGGAGAGCAGGGAAGCGGCAUUGAUCGCUCUCCUAAAAGGUGCGCAGGAUGGGGAGGUCGAUGACAGCGAGGGUUUGUUGUUGAAAUUGAAGUCGUUUUGCUUGAAAAUGGACUCCAAGGAGUUUUGGAGGUUCAUAACCGCGAGGAAGAAGGAAUUGGAUGCGCUUAGGGCCCAGACACCGGAGGCUUUAGCCGAAUGUGUGGAUCCGGCGAAGUUCGUGUUGGAGGCAAUAUCGGAGGUCUUUCCAGUGGAUAAGAGAGUCGAAAAGAGCGAGAGGUCGAAUGAUUUGGGGUGGGCUUGUGUUUUGGUGCUGGAGUCUCUGAUACCGGUAGUUGUGGAUCCGGUGCUGGGGAAGUCGCGGCUUUUGGUGACUCCAAGCGUGAAAGAACGAGCGAAGGAUAUCGCUGAGACAUGGAAGGCGAGUUUGGACCAGCGCGGAGGGAUUGAGAACGUUAAAACGCCGGACGUGCAUACAUUUCUGCAGCAUUUGGUGACCUUUGGGAUUGUGAAGGAGGAAGAUGUUGAUUUGUACCGGAAGCUUGUUGUUGGGUCUGCGUGGCGGAAGCAGAUGCCUAAGCUUGCUGUUUCGCUUGGGCUUGGUGAUAAAAUGGCCGAUAUGAUUGAAGAAUUAGUCAAUAGGGGACAACAAGUUGAUGCUGUGCACUUUACAUACGAAGUUGGGCUUGUGGACAAGUUUCCCCCUGUACCCUUGCUGAAGGCUUUUCUGAGAGAUUCAAAGAAGGCUGCAACUUCAAUUUUGGAGGAUCCCAACAAUAGUGGCCGAGCUGUGAACCUAGCUGGACGCAAAGAACAGUCAGCACUCCGGGCUGUCAUCAAGUGCAUUGAAGAAUACAAACUGGAAGCUGAGUUCCCUCCAGAAAACCUUAAGAAGCGCCUUGAACAGCUAGAGAAAGCAAAAACUGACAAGAAAAGGCCAGCUGCAGUCCCUGCCAACAAACGAACACGAGCAAGCAAUGGUGGGCCCAUGCCUCCAGCCAAGGCUGGCCGCUUGACAAAUGCAUACGUAUCAUCUUUCCCAGCUGCUCCUACAUUCAUCCGGUCUCCCUCUCACACUCAGUACCCUGCUGCAGUCCCUGCAUACCCAUAUGACAGGCCAGCUGCACCUGCCAUGUAUGGCAGCAGGAGUCCACCAGCCAACCCUUAUGCUUACUCGCCGGAAGCUGCCCCUCCUCUUGCUGGAUCAUAUCCUGGAGCUCCCAUCAACUAUCCUGCAUAUGGAGGCUAUGGCAAUGGUAUGGCACCAGCUUAUCAGCAGGCUUACUACUGAUAAUAGACAUGACUACUCUGAAGAUGGUAACACUGAUAUGAUGAUGACCCCAAUCUCAUUUGCUUUUCUCAAUGGUUUGUUUGUAAUCACUAACCGCUUAAUGGUAGCGAUAUCUGUGUGUUAAUCAUGACAUUUCCUUGCUUCUUGCUUCACUGAGGUGAGAAGUUGUAUUUCUAAUGUUGAUUGAAGUUGUAGUAUUA